AUGUUCUUACUACUGAGCACUUCUGAGAGUGUAUCAACGCCAAAAAAUGGUACUGUCCCGCAAGUUCCGCUAUUAAAAAACGAACUAUUAGAAAAACGAGAUGCUACUUGUCCUCCGGUAACUUUUACAUCUUACACAUUAAGUCAUCUAUUAUUAAUUAUUAACUUUUUGUUUUUUUUUGACGAUUUUAGAGCGCUCCUUUUUACUGCCCAUAUGGAUAUUGUUGCCCAUACUAUGGUUAUGUCUGUUGUCCAGAUGGGUGUUGUUCCUAUUCAGACGGUGUCUGUUGUUCAACUGGCUGCUGCCCUUCGGGAACUUACUGCUGUGAAUAUGGAUGUUGUUAUUAAGCGCAAUCCGAUUGAACCUCAUGUCAGA